CUUUGCUGUGUAUAUAUAAUUAGCCCUCACGCAUGCUUCAUCUGUUGCUACCAAAUAACAAACCAAACAAAAGAAAUAAUUUUUUUCUUUUUUCUAUUCCAAUUUUUUUCAUGGAGAGUUCAAUGAACAAUGCUUUCAUUAUGAGCAAGCAUGAAACGACGACGUUUUCAAGCGACCAAACUCCGGAGGAAAGUAGCUGGACGAUGUACUUCGAAGAUUUCUUCGAGGCUUCUUCAAGUGUUGUUGAUGUCGGAGAUUGCAGCUAUUCCUCCGUCUCCGAUGCAAUGUCUUUCGUGGCAACUAAGAAGACCCUCCACGUGUCUAAUCAAGAAGAGUUUAAUUCUUCUAACAAAUUCGACAUCAAGAGGACAAACAAUAGAGAGAUUCCUUUUGGUCGUCAUUAUGAUCUUGAAGACACUGCCUCUUCUCCUUCUCGUAGCCCUAACGUCUACAGCAUGAUGAACCUAUUGGACAAUAACACGAGACACGGGAAUGGCGUUGUUGGUGUAGACACAAAUAAUGUGAAAGGAGAGCGUGCAGUGCAAAACCAAGGUGGGUUAUCAGUAGACUUGAAGAAAAAAGGGCUUUGUUUGGUUCCUAUGUCUAUGGUCACCAACUUUCUUGGUUGAUUUUACAUAAAUCCUUAUUCAUUUUUUUAAAAAAAAAAUUGUGAAAAUAAGCUUCUUCGCUCUAUAAUAUUAUUGGUUUGUAGAUAUUUUCCAAUCAUGUGUAACAUGUGUUAUUCACUCAAUUGUUAAUAUGCAUACAUAUUAUUGCAUGUUAGUUGUAUGGACGACACUCCUUAUUUUAUCGGAAUAUAU